AACUCACUACAGACAGACGUGAUUGUGAACAAGCACGGCAUAGUAAGACGCGUGCCUUCGAACAAUGAACAACUACCUCUUUCUGCUCAGCAUCUUCUUGGGGUUAAGCGAUGACGUAAUUAGUAAAAGCAAAAUCAGGAGCUUUCCAUCAGACUUCUGGUUUGGAGCGUCGACUGCUGCUUACCAGGUAGAAGGUGGCUGGAAUGAAGAUGGUAAAGGAUCAUCUAUAUGGGACACUGCAUGUCAUUCAGACCUCAAUCCCGUAAGAGAUGACAGCAACGGCGAUGUGGCCGCAGACUCCUACCACAAAUACAAACGAGAUGCUGAAAUAGCCCAAGAGCUUGGACUAAACUUCUACAGGUUCUCCAUAUCCUGGCCCAGGAUUCUCCCCAACGGAUUCCCGGACAAAAUCAACACGCUUGGCGUUGAAUAUUACACCAAAGUCAUCAACGAACUUCUAGCUAGAAACGUGACCCCAGUCGUCACACUUUACCACUGGGAUCUACCAAGUAACUUGCAGAAACUCGGAGGUUGGGCAAACCCGUCAAUCGUUACUUGGUACACAGACUACGCUAAGGUUGUCUUCGACAAGUUCAGUGAUAAAGUCAAGCAUUUCAUCACGAUGAAUGAUCCGAAAGGCAUUUGUUUCGGAGGUUAUGGAUCUGAGAAUACAGCUCCGUUUUUAAACAUGUCUGGUAUUGGAGAGUACUUGUGCAGUCGGAAUGUGUUACUGGCCCAUGCUAAUGCUUAUCACUUGUACGAUGGGCACUAUAGGAAGCUGCAUAACGGUACCGUUGGUAUAGCGCUGAACUUCGUGUGGUAUGAGCCUGCAUCAGAUACUAUGGAUGAUAAUAGUGCCGCUGUGGAUGCUAGACAGUUUGAGUGGGGCCAAUACGCUCAUCCAAUAUUUUCGAAAGCCGGUGACUAUCCCACAGAAUUUAAGAAGAACAUUGCAUACAAAAGCGCUGAGCAAGGGUUCGCCAGGUCCCGCCUUAACCAUCUCACCGCCAAAGAUGUGACGUUGAUUCGGGGGUCAGCUGACUUCCUGGGCGUUAACACUUAUACUACGAAGCUGGCUUAUAGAGAUGCGUCUCUUGAAGGCAUGUACACGGUACCAUCGUACAUGGAUGAUAUGGGCGCUGUGUUAGUCAAAGACCCGGCGUGGACGCAGAGUCAAACUAAUUGGUUGCAGGAGGUACCGUGGGGCUUCUCCAAGUUACUUAUCGCAAUAAAAAAUCUGUACGACAAUCCCCCGGUGUAUAUUAUGGAAAAUGGCUGGUCUACUGAAGGAGGUCUUCUCGAUGAAGAUAGAAUUAAUUACUUCAGGACGUAUCUGAACGCUUUGCUUGAUGCCUUGGACGCAGGUUGCGAUGUGAAGGGAUACAGCGUCUGGUCUUUGAUAGACAGUUUUGAAUGGCGGCAAGGAUAUUUAGACAAGUAUGGAUUGUACGAAGUAGAUUUCUCCAGCCCUGACAAGACCCGGACUCCGAGAAAGUCUGCGUUUAUUUACAAAGAAAUUGCCAGGUCGAAAACUCUCGACCCUGAUUUUGAGCCAGAAAAGUUUAUUGUAGAAGUCACCCAAGACAGUCAGGAAAAGCUUAAAAUAGAGAAUGAUGUUCUUUAGAAUAAAUGUAUUAUAAUAAUUUACUAAA